AUGGCGGCAGCGCUUGAUCAACCCCUUUUCGAGUCGAUCGCGGGCGGUCCUGCGACCGACGCAACCUCAAUCACGCCGCCGCAGAGCGUCAACGGCAAGAAGGACAUCCCCGACGGCGUCUCAUCAGAGCUGUCUGAUCUUGAGCUCGACCCGAAUGCUCCCGGCGCCCAGGAUAUACCAUCGGUGGAGGCCGACGAGGACGAAAUCGAGCCGGACCAUUAUUAUGGCGGCGGCAAGAUCCCGGUGUUCAAGCCGACCAUGGACCAGUUCCGCGAUUUCCAAUCGUUCAUCAACAAGGUUGACGAAUAUGGCAUGAGGUCCGGAAUCGUCAAAGUUAUCCCCCCCAAAGAAUGGACCGAUGCUCUACCGCCCCUGGAUGACGCCGUUCGGAACAUCCGUGUGAAGAACCCGAUCAUGCAGGAAUUCCACGGCUCGCACGGAACCUACACACAAGCCAACAUCGAGCGACAGCGAUCGUACAACCUCCCUCAGUGGAAGGCGUUGUGCGAAGAGAGCAGCCAUCAGCCGCCCGCCCGGCGAGGUGAAAGGCGCAAAAACCAGGAGCGGACCAGUCGGGCCCCGCCUGUUCCCCGAGCUCAGUCUGUCCGAUCGGAUUCCCAGAAACGCCGUGCUGGCCCCGGUCGCCCGCCCAAACGGACCAACCAGUUGAAGAUCAAAGAAGAGCCGCAGGCGGAUGAAGGCUUGGACAAGGUGAAACCCGAAGGCCCGCCGACCCCUGUGUCACCCGAAUCGAACCCGGUGGAAGCGAAGACGGAAGAUCUGAGCGACGGCGAAUCGUUACCCGGCCCGAAACCCAAAGGACGACAGCCCAAGUCGUCGGUCACCUCCCGAAGGAAACACAACAAGGGCGAUGCGAUCGACUACGUGGACGAAGAGGCUUUCAGAGAUUUCGACUACCGCAUCCACGACAAUGACGAGUACACUGCCGAACGAUGCGAGGAACUCGAAACGGCCUACUGGAAGUCACUCAUGUUCAACAACCCCUUGUACGGCGCGGACAUGCCCGGCUCCUUGUUCGAUGAUGAUAUCACGACCUCGUGGAACGUCGCCCGUUUGCCGAACCUGCUCGACGUCAUCGGACAGAAGGUGCCGGGUGUUAAUACGGCAUACCUCUACCUGGGCAUGUGGAAAGCUACGUUCUCGUGGCACCUGGAAGACAUGGAUCUCUACAGCAUCAACUACAUCCACUUUGGUGCACCGAAACAGUGGUACAGCAUCUCCCAAGAGGAUGCUCCUCGUUUCGAACAGGCCAUGAAGAGUAUCUGGACCAGCGAUGCCAAGAGCUGUGACCAAUUCCUCCGCCACAAGACCUACCUGGUGUCCCCUAAUCUGCUCAAGUCCCAGUACGGGAUUACGGUGAACAAGUUGGUGCACUACGAGGGUGAAUUUGUCAUCACAUACCCGUACGGGUACCAUUCCGGCUACAACCUGGGGUACAACUGCGCCGAGUCGGUUAACUUCGCAACCGAGAAGUGGCUGGACUACGGGCGGGUUGCGAAGAAGUGCAACUGCGAGUCGGAUAGCGUCUGGAUCGACGUGGAUGAGAUCGAACGGAAGUUGCGGGGCGAGGCCACCCCCGAGUACUUCGGCGAAUAUGAGAGUGACCUGGACGAGGUCGAAGGCGCCUCCGAUCUUCUGACCCCGCCACGCAGUGUGCCAGAAAAGUCGUCUACCCGUGGCCGCAAACGCAAAACUGUCGGCGAGACAACCAAGGCGAAACGCAUGCGGGUCAACAUGGAAGUCCCGCGAAAGAUCCCCUGCGUUCUGUGUCCGAACAAUCUGGACUACGAGGACCUCCUGCCCACGGAAGAUGGCAAAUCCCACGCGCACCGCCGCUGUGCCCUGUAUACCGAGGAGACCACCAUCCUCCGCGACGAGACGGGCAAGGAGGUGGUGUGCGAUGUGGACAAGAUCCCCAAGGCCCGCAUGGGCCUCAAGUGUCUCUUCUGCCGCGAGGUGCGCGGGGCGUGCUUCCAGUGCAACUUUGGCAAAUGUACGCGGUCCUACCACGCGACGUGUGCGCUGCUCGCGGGCGUGCAGGUGGAACAGGGCCUGGUGGGCGUGAUUGCGGACGACGGGAACCAGUACUCGAUCCCCAGUGUGGAUCUCAAGUGCAAGUACCAUCGGCAGAAGAAGCCGUCGUGGCUGGCGAGCACCGAGACGCCGGAUUUCGACCGCAAGCUGAUCCAGACGGCGCGGGGCCUGGUGGCGGGGGAUCUGGUGCAAUUCCAGGCGGACAAGGAGAUCAAUGGGGCCAUCGUGCUCCAGAACCGGCCCGAGGAGCGGGCGCUGCUGGUCAAGGUGCUGCCACGCGGGGACGUAAUCGAGUUACCGUACCGGUGGACGCUGGUUGUCCGGCGGAGCAACUUCUCACCGCUGGCUCCAGGCACCAGGCCACUGCCCGCCCACUUAGCCCGGAAGCCCGAGGCCCGGAAAGAGCUGGAAUCGGCGGUGCCGGUGGCAGGGAAUCCGUUUGGCGAUGGGCGAUCCCCGUAUCAGUGGGCCGAGUUCGAGACGGUGGACAGCACUAACCAGCCGAAGCAGGCAGGGGCCCCACCGCCGACGCAGGUCGACCUCAGCAAGGGCGAACAGCUGUGGUAUUACCUGGGCGAGUCCUCCACCGAGUGUAGGGCACAGUAUACACACAACCCUAGCGUGGCUGUCCACAACCCGCGCGCGAAUUUCCUGGACAGCGUCAAGUCGCUCGGCGCCGUGAUGGCCCGACUGCCCCCCUCAAUCUCAUACGCCCCCCACCAUCAUCUGGCGCCUCCGCCUCACCACUAUGCCGCUGCCCCUCACCGUCCAGCCCCUCAGGCUCCUCCGACGCUCCCUCCUCACCACCUGGCUGGUGGUGGUGCCCCUCCCCCUCCUCCCCCUCUCCCUCCCACCGCCUCUAUAGUCUCUGCUGCCACCACUGCUGCUGUUGCUGCUUCUGCCGCCACCUCCGCCACGACCGCCGCCGCUGCUGCUGCUUCCCGCCGGCCUUCCCUGCUGCAGCACCCUCCUCUUGCCCCUCCUCGUCCUGCGCCCUCUUCUGCUGCUGCUCCCCCUGCUGCGAUGCCGUCUGCUUACCGAUCCCUGCCAACUCAAUCCGCCCGCCAUGCUCCCUACCCUCAGGUCACCAAGGCCCCUCAUCAUCAUCAUCUCCCCUCCGGUUCCCGUCCCCAGCCUCUCCAUCAUCAUCACCACCUCCAUCAGCAGUCCCAGCAACCACCACCGCCGACACCGCCACAACCGCAACCACAGCAGCAGCAGCAGCAGCAGCAGCAGCAGCAAACCAACAACCCGCCCCCCAACAAUUUCGCCAAUGUUCGAGAAAUCAUCGCCCGCCGUCGUCUGGUCCAGAUCACCGACCAUGCCAAUGUGUUCGCCGGCUAUACCAUUGUCAGCCCCGAGUUGGUCGUAGAGACCCUCCUGGGCCCCAUGGGCUCGGUGCCCCCGCCCAAUGGCCUCGAGAAGUUGGAACUGGCCAUGGCUCAACAACGCGUGCAACCACGGGCACCCGACGGAACAUUGCUGCCGCUGCAGCCCCUCAACAUGCGGUCGGAAGAGGUGACUCGGUUGUUGCAGAUGCUCCGCUUCUCGCUGGUGAGUCAUCGGGACCGGCUGGACGUGCUGCAGAAAAAGGAGCCGGAACACAUCAAGCAAGAGCCGGUCAAUGGCGGCCUGCCGGCCUCCAAGCUGCCUCGCAAGUACGCCUACCUCGAGCAGCAGCGGGAGCAGGUGCCGACCGUCUACCGGUCCCCGUACGACAUGCCGUCCGGCUUCACGGAGUACGCCCAGAAGUCGUAUGGCCUGACGCCGUGCGAGCCGGAACUGCCCAAGCCCUCCCUGGCCAACGACUUCUUCGCCAGCCUCUCGCCGGAGGACCAGGAGAAGAUCCUCAAGACAUGUGGCAGUUUUGUGCAACGGGCGAUCGAGCGGUCGGCCAGCCAUAGCCGGCAGAGCUCGGCAUCAAACCUCCGAUUGGCGUCGGCGCUGGCCCAGCAGACGGAGAACCCGACCAUCGACAUCACGACGGUGGAGGACAUGCACUUCCCCAACCUGGACUUCCCGCUGCACGCCGACUCGCCGUGCUCGAAUUUCAGCCGGUCGCAUCUGCGGUUCCAGUCUCCCAACGAGUUCGCCCCCCACGGGCCCGAGCCGCACCACGACCACCACGAUCUGUUCGGGGACCAGCAAGCCAACACGCGGUUCUGGCAGCAUGGACCUUGGGCCGCGGGCGACGGCAACACGCCAAACGAGGAGACGCGGCCGUUCUUCGGGCCCCACGAGCGAUUGAAGCACGACUAUGCGUCGUCGGAUAUCUCGCUGGGACGGGGCGGGCCGGGGUCGUUGCACUCGGUCGAUAUGGCCGGGUUUGGCAUGGACAACGCGGAAGACCCCCUGGGCGUGCUGAGCCCGUGA